AUGGAUCCGAAAGUAAAUGGCAAAUUUGCUAAGUGGUUGAACAUGAGAUAUGGUUCGAUCAAGGCAUGCACAAUCGUCAGAGGAAAGAUACACAGAUAUCUUGGAAUGACUUUGGAUUUCUUGGUGAAAGGAAAACUUAAGAUCCGCAUGGACGACUAUGUCAAGAACAUGUUGGAAGAUUUUCCUAUCAAGUUCAACAAGGAUUCAAAGCAGGAAACACCAGCUGGUAACAAUUUACUGGAAGCUGGUAAAGGGAAGUUACUCAGUGCUGAGUACCGUCAGAUCUUUCAUACUACUGUUGCAAGGGGACUUUAUGUCUCUAAGAGAGCUCGUUUGGAUAUCCAUCCAAUGAUUACUAUUCUUGCCUUGAGAGUUUGA